AUGAGGGAAGUGUUGGCUUAUCUUAGAAAUCGUGGCUUUCAGUCGGUAUGUUACUUAGAUGACAUUUUGUGUAUCAGUGACACAUAUGAUCAAUGCUUAGAUAACGUUAACGAAACGUUAAAGAUAUUGCAUUGUCUAGGAUUCGUCGUCAAUUACGAUAAGAGCAAUUUAACGCCGCAACAAUCUUGCAAGUUCCUAGGUUUUGUGUAUGACACCAAAAGUCUUAGCAUAUACCUUCCCACCGAUAAGCGUUUUAAAAUCGCCGAGUUGGUUGCAAAGUUUACUAGUUUACCAGCCUGUUCUAUUCGUGAAUUUGCUCAUCUUAUCGGAGUUUUAGUUGCAGCUUGCCCGGCAGCUAAGUAUGCAUGGAUGUAUACCAAGAUUUUAGAGCGGCAGAAAUACCUAGCCCUGCGUAAGUAUGGUAAUUACGAAGCGAAAAUCAAGCUGUCGAAUGUUAUAUUAGAUGAUUUAAACUGGUGGUCUUUAAAUAUUGAUACUACAUCCAAUUUUAUAAGGCAACCUAACUUCAAACUCGAAAUCUAUUCCGAUGCGUCUAGAACAGGCUGGGGGGCUGUAUGUAAAAAUAACCAAGUUAGUGGCAGAUGGAAAGCCACAGAGAAAGCGAACCAUAUCAAUUACCUGGAAUUAAUGGCCGCUUUUCUGGGCUUGAAGUCGUUUGCUAGCGAUGUAACUGACUGUGCAAUAUUACUACGCAUAGAUAACACAACCGCAAUAAGCUAUGUGAACCGUAUGGGGGGCAUACAAUAUCCCCACCUCAACGAUUUAGCUAGAGUGCUUUGGAAAUGGUGUGAACAACGCGGACUUUGGAUAUUCGCAUCGUAUGUGAAUACCAAAGAAAACUGCGCAGACGCCGCCUCCAGAGUAAUCAAUCCGGAUACCGAAUGGUCACUUUCUGACGAGGCUUUCCAUGAUAUCACACAAUAUUUUGGCCAACCAGAAAUAGAUUUAUUCGCGUCACGUGACAAUGCGAAGUGUUCCAGAUUUGUCUCAUGGAAACCAGACCCUGAUGCGGUAUCCGUCGACGCAUUCACGGUGAACUGGCAUGCAGAAUAUUUUUACGCCUUUCCACCAUUUUCGCUAAUACUUAAAUGCCUUAGGAAAAUCAUUGAUGAUAAAGCAGACGGUAUACUGAGAUCAUCAUCCCUUGCACAAGCGCCUUACCCUGGCUGUCGCGAGGCUCUGCGGCAGUCGUUCAUCCGAAAAGGCGCCUGUCCUGCAUCGUCUACACUGAUGUUAGCUUCGCUCUCUGACAGUACUGUAAAACAGUAUAACACUUCGCUUAAGCUGUGGUGGCAAUAUUGCGUCGAGAACAACGUUGACGUGUUCGAACCCUCGAAAAAAUUCAUACUUACAUUCCUAACAACACAAUUUAAUAAUGGUUGUGCGUAUGGCAGUUUAAAUUCUCACCGUUCUGCUUUGUCAGCAUUUAUAGGUAAUAACAUCGGCUCUGAUGAGUGUGUGAAGCGCCUUCUUAAAGGUGCAUACAAAUCGAGGCCUGUGCAAUCCAAAUAUUCGAGCACUUGGGAUCCUCAAGUUGUGUUAAACCUUAUUUCAACAUGGUUUCCUAAUACCGAGCUUUCCCUCGAAAAAAUCACGAAAAAACUCGUAGUCUGUUUAGCACUGUGUACCGCUCACAGGGUACAAACGCUGUCUCUCAUUAAGCUCGACAAUAUCAAGUUUUCCGAGAACGGCGUCAAGAUAAUGAUAACAGACCUUAUAAAAACGUCUGCUCCUGGUAGGAAUCAACCAGUUUUGUGCCUGCCAUACUUCAGAGAAAAUGUAAGUAUUUGCCCAGCUACCGUUCUCUCAGAUUACAUUUCUAAAACUAGAAAUAUAAGACCUGAGGGAACAGAUACGCUACUGUUGACACAUAAGCGGCCACAUAAACCUGCUACGACGCAAUCCAUCAGCAGGUGGAUAAAGCAAGUGCUGUCAGAGAGUGGUGUAGACGUCGGGGUAUUCGGUGCGCACAGUACGCGCCACGCGUCUACUUCGGCCGCGAGCUCUGCUGGCGUCAAUAUCGAAACUAUCCGUAAAACCGCAGGCUGGACUAGCUCCUCUGACUCAUUUGCUCGAUUCUACAACAGAAUUAUCCUGGACGAAGGAGAAUUCGCCCGAUCAGUUUGUUUACGCAAUCAAUAA